AGAGAUACCAACCAGUAAGGACGACGAGACUCGAAUUGCGAAUAAGAGAAUAAGCUGUUUUGUUUUGCGUUACUCCGUCACCCCUCGCCACCAACCCCCGAACCCAAACGAGGACUUGUUUUUUGAAGUUGAAGGCAAAAGAAAGCGAUGGAAGUGAAACCCAAAAUCGCUCCUUCGAUGCUCUCAUCGGAUUUCGCCAAUUUGGCUUCGGAGGCUCAUCGCAUGCUCAAGUGCGGCGCCGAUUGGCUCCACAUGGACAUCAUGGACGGGCAUUUUGUCCCCAAUUUAACUAUUGGCGCUCCAGUCAUUGAAAGUUUGAGAAAACACACAAAGGCAUAUCUGGAUUGUCACCUUAUGGUUACAAAUCCUCUUGAUUAUGUUGAACCUUUGGCAAAAGCUGGUGCUUCUGGUUUUACAUUUCAUAUAGAGACAUCAAAAAAUGAUUGGAAAGAACUUAUCCACAGAAUUAAGUCACAGGGCAUGACGCCUGGUGUAGCAUUAAAGCCUGGGACACCCAUAGGCGAGGUUUAUCCUUUGGUAGAAGCUGAAAAUCCUGUGGAAUUGGUUCUUGUAAUGACUGUAGAACCUGGAUUUGGAGGACAAAAAUUUAUGCCAGAGAUGAUGGAUAAGGUAAGCAUACUGAGGAAGAAGUAUCCAUCACUUGACAUAGAGGUUGAUGGUGGUUUGGGGCCUUCAACCAUUGACAUGGCUGCAUCAGCAGGGGCAAACUGCAUUGUUGCUGGAAGUUCAGUGUUCGGAGCUCCUGAGCCAGCUCAAGUAAUAUCCUUACUGAGGAAUUCUGUUGAGAAAGCCCAGCAAACAUAUUGACUUGAUACAGUAUAGAUCCGUCAAUACGCUUAUUCUGCUAACGUUUUGAUAAGUCGAAUAAAAGAUCAGGUGAUUAAAUAAUGGUUAAUACAUGUCCAGAUCAAGUGUGCACUUGAUAAAUAUUUGUAGGUACGAAAAGGGGAUGACGCAUGCUGCCAUCACCUUACUCCUUUGCCGAAGAACAUAUAAAUAUUUUUAAAUUUUGAACCACUGUUUUAAUUUUUACAUGUGUAUACAAGAGUGCAACGUAUGGUCGUAGUAACUAAGCUUUUACACUUGCACAAAAUCAUUUCAAUAGUUUCUUAUUCAUCAAGUGACGCUAUAUGGUUUACUGAUAGUAUGAAAUCAGUAAUACCAAAAUUGAAUCCAUAGUAAGUAUCAUGGUAGACGCUUGUGUGUCAAUUCAACGUUUCUUGGUUAAAGUUCAUAUGUUAGACCCUUUUUCGGUUAAAUAUAUUUGACUAAUUAUGAAAGUGGAUUCUUGCCCCAGUUAUGUGCUGUAUACAUUAAUAUCAGUUAAUUGACAAUUUUU